AUGGUCUCUAAGGAAGAUCGCGAGAUCCUCCGGGCGGAGUUGCGGUCGCGUGGCAACAACCUCAAUGCCACGGACCGCGAGAACUUGCUGAAGCCAUAUUUGCCAGAUCCGUCCGAACUGCCUGGCUCGACACGACGAUUCCGCGCCUCAACGGCGUCCUCCCAACGGCGUUCUAAGCCGCGCAAGACCCCAAUUCGCACGUUCCUUAAGUCGCAAAUGCACCGCCUGGUCUAUGCCGUCACCCAUAUCGUUUUUGGUAUCGUGGUACGCCUCCUCCAGGCCUACCACGCGGUUGUCGACCGAAUCUUUGCCAUCGUUUAUCACCACCACCGCACCCCCGAACUGAUCCGCAAAGAUGUGCGCGGCUUGAAGCGAAUCCCCCAACAUCUAAGCGUGAUAUUGUCCCUGCAUACAGAGGAGGAUGCACUGGCGGUCUUGAUGGACGAGGUUGCCGAAUUGGCUGCCUGGAGUGCCUGCGCGGGCAUUUCGCAACUUAGUAUAUACGAGAAAACAGGUGUUCUCAAAUCCUGUAUUCCGGCCCUACAUCAAAUAAUCACCACAAAGCUAGCAUCCUACUAUGGCACACCCUCACAACAGCCCACUCUACAGCUAUUUGCCCCCCACCAUCCUGUACACGGGGCCGCACCCAACCCCAAGUCUGACACCCCUUCCCUCGCCAUCCUCCUGAUAUCCUCCACAGAUGGCCGUGAAACCCUGGUCGACCUGACCAAGACCCUGGCCGAAAUGUCGCAGAACGGCAAGCUGUCCCCCGAGGACAUUACGCCGGAACUGGUGGACGCGGAGAUUAGUGAAAUCACCACGCAUCCUCUGCAAGCCGGUGGACGCGCGGCCAGUAUCCUCAAGCCCGAGCCGGACCUUCUCUUAGUGUUCGGGCCGUUCCUGAAAUUGGAUGGGUACCCACCGUGGCAGAUUCGCCUGACUGAGAUGUACUGUACUGGGGAUCGCAGUCACGGUCUGACUGGGUACGGUGAGGCUGUGGAGUACCAAGGGUUUAUGCGAGGGUUGUGGCACUACGCCGGGGCCCAGAUGCGGUUUGGCCGGUGA